CCGUCUGUGGGAAAUCAGCAGAAGCACGAGUUCAUACAGAGCUCGCGCUGCUCUGCAAUGUUUCAGACGCGGAGUGGAAGCAAGCAAGCCCGAUGCACGAGUCAAGGCAACCAGCAGCGGAGAUGAAGGCCGACUCCGAUUGGCUCUGAUUUUUAAAAGCCCUUUUCAUUCAAAAGAGGUUGCCCAUUAUCAACAUGGCAGAGCAGUCGGCCCCAGUACCCUCUGCAAAAAUGGCGGCACUUAACCGGGUUCGAGCCUUUACUCUGGUUUUCUUAACUGUCAGCGGUUGUUUCGUUUGCUCGACGAAUGGCAAGGAAGUGACAGAAGAGACGGUAAUCAUAGGUAUCAGACUGGAGGACACGGACGAUAUUUCCUAUAUGGACAAGGGCUAUUUGCGGGUCAGCGAAAGGUCUCAUGUCAAGCUGAGGGUCUAUGGGCAAAACAUUAAUAACGAGACGUGGUCCAAAAUUGCUUUUACGGAGCACGAGCGGACCAGAGUCCCCGGAGACGGUGACAGCUCAGCUGGGAACAAGAGCCGGGACGAUACGUCUAGUUUCCAUCCAUGUGGGAUCAGAACUUCGGAUAUCAUCAUCCUGCCCAACAUAAUCUUAAACAGAAAAACGUCGGGAGUAGUUGAGAUUGAAGUCAAACCUCUUAGGAAGACGGAGCGGAGUAAAAUGUAUUACCUGUGCAUCGCCACCUCCGCUCACGCAGUGGCGGGCUUGCACGACCCAUGGACCGAGAACACUUGGAUUUAUCACGAUGGAGAUGACACGAAAGUAAUGGUGGUGGAGGAAAAAAAGUUUUUGCUUCCCUUCUGGCUGCAGGUCAUUUUCAUCUCGAUGCUGCUCUGCCUUUCGGGCAUGUUCAGCGGGCUAAACUUGGGUCUGAUGGCGCUGGACCCCAUGGAGUUACAGAUAGUUCAGAACUGCGGCACCGAAAAGGAGAAGAACUACGCGAGGAAGAUUGAGCCCGUUCGCAGUCAGGGGAAUUACCUACUGUGCUCCCUUCUGUUGGGGAACGUCUUGGUGAAUACUACACUGACCAUUCUCUUGGAUGACAUUGCGGGAUCUGGAUUGAUUGCGGUUGUGAUGUCGACCAUCGGGAUUGUAAUUUUCGGUGAAAUUGUGCCGCAAGCCAUAUGCUCAAGGCACGGCCUUGCAGUUGGUGCAAACACUAUAUUCUUGACCAAAUUUUUCAUGCUGCUUACGUUCCCCGCUUCGUACCCAGUGAGCAAACUUUUAGAUUACCUUUUGGGUCAAGAGAUAGGAACCGUGUACAACCGAGAAAAACUGCUGGAGAUGCUGCGAGUGACGGAUCCGUACAACGAUUUGGUCAAAGAGGAGCUGAACAUCAUUCAGGGAGCACUUGAGCUCAGGACUAAAACCGUGGAAGACGUCAUGACCCCGCUGCGAGACUGUUUCAUGAUUGCCGGGGAUGCCAUCCUCGACUUCAAUACGAUGUCUGAGAUUAUGGAGAGCGGAUACACGCGAAUCCCCGUCUUCGAAGGGGAGAGAUCUAACAUCGUGGACCUGCUGUUUGUGAAAGACCUGGCGUUCGUGGAUCCGGACGACAGCACCCCACUGAAAACCAUCACCAAGUUCUACAGUCACCCCUUGCACUUUGUGUUCAACGACACCAAGUUGGACGCAAUGCUGGAGGAAUUUAAGAAAGGUAAAUCCCACCUGGCCAUCGUCCAGAGGGUGAACAACGAGGGGGAGGGCGACCCGUUCUACGAGGUGCUGGGCAUCGUCACCCUGGAGGACGUCAUCGAGGAGAUCAUCAAGUCCGAGAUCCUGGACGAGACAGACUUGUACACCGACAACAAGAGUAAAAAGAAAAUCACCCACCGGGAGAGGAAGCAGGAUUUCUCGGCCUUCAAGCCCACAGACAAUGAGAUGAAGGUUAAAAUAUCACCUCAGCUCCUACUGGCCACACUGCGUUUCCUGGCAACAGAAAUAGAGCCCUUCAGCCCUGGUCAGAUGUCCGAGAAGAUCCUCCUACGGCUGCUCAAGCACCCCAACGUCAUCCAGGAGCUGAAGUACGACGACAAGAACAGGAGGAGCCCGGAGCACUACCUCUUCCACCGCAACAAGCCCGUCGACCACUUCAUCCUCAUCCUCCAGGGGAAGGUGGAGGUGGAGGCGGGCAAGGAAGGGAUGAAGUUUGAGGCGGGAGCGUUUUCCUCUUACGGAGUGAUGGCCCUGACCGCCUCGCCAGUUCCUCUCUCCCUGUCUCGCACCUUCGUGGUCAGUAGAGCUGAGUCACUAGCAGGAUCUCCAGAGAAUAAGUCUCCCCCAAGGCCAUUCGGACUGAACCACUCGGACUCCCUGAACCGGAGCGACCGCAUCGACGCGGUCACGCCCACGCUGGGGAGCAGCAACAACCAGCUGAACGCCUUCCUGCAGGUCUACGUGCCCGACUACUCCGUCAGAGCCGUCUCCGACCUGCAGUACAUCAAGGUGACCCGGCAGCAGUACCAGAACGCCAUCAUGGCCUCUCGCAUGGACAAGACGCCCCAGUCCACGGACGGAGAGUACACCAAAAUCGAACUGACUCUGACGGAGCUUCACGACGGUCUGCCGGACGAGACGUCGAACCUGCUGAACCAGCAGCCGCAGCCGCCACCGACGCAGCAGAACUGCCUGGCGCACGGCAAGUCCAACCACACUAUGCACAACGAGGGUGCCGUCUAGCCCCGCCCACCCCGGGAGAGAGGGGGGGGUGGGGGGGGCGCGCGCGCGCGUCGUCCGCAAGUGCACCGCACCGCCCCCCAGCACGCCAGACCCAACCCGCCCGCGGGGGGCUCCCCCCCCCCCACCCCACCCCACCCCAGACGCGGCCGCCAGCCAGCCAGCCAGCCCCCGGACGGGCCCCGAAAAACUGCCCCCCAUACAUCACACGCACCCGCUCGGACCAGCCAGGAAGUCCCCCAGACCAAAGAGUUGGGUCCCUUUUAACUGCGGGGGGGCGUGGAUGAGGGUGGAGGACACAUCUACGGACACAAGGCAAGCAAGCUAGCAGACAAUAUGGUGAGUCAAAGACUGUGCCAAAUACCGCUUUGAAGGAAACCAUGAACCAAGAAUGUUUUCAUGUAUUUAUUUAUUUUAUAUAUGUAUGUGUGUAUGCGUGUAAAUAUAUAUCGAAUAUAUAUGCACAACGUGUACAUGUAUAUGUACAUAUAUAUAUUUACACAUACAUCCAUGUAUAUGUAUAUGUGAGGGUCUUUUGCAAAUAUGUAUAUUGCAAAUCUUGUUAUUUUUACUGUUAUUCUAAAUCAGGCUUACGGUACAGUAUCUCUUUGCCACCUUUAAAAAAAAAUCAGAGUUGACAUUCGCCUUUUAAAAUCGUAUUAAUUUCUUAACAAGUGCAAUGAACCACAAUUUUAUUUAAGAGAUGAUUAUGGAUUAAAUCACUGUAUUGUAAAUUACAGACGUAUAGGUAUGUAUGUAUGUAUGUAUGUAAAUUUGUUUGGAAUGUUGUAUGCGUUUGUCCACGGGGCAAAGCGAUCACAGUCACAGUUUUUACUGUUCCUAAUGCUGCCGUGCGAUGUUGCCAAGGCUGAUUUUCCUGUGACACCACCCACCCCCCCCCCAAACGCCAGUGCACCCCCCCCCCCACCCCCCCACCCCCCCCACCCCCCGACCCCAUCCCUCCCCAACACACGAUCACAUCCCUGGGGUGGUAAAAACGUGUUCCACUUCAGUCACAGUAAUCGGUCAAUAUGGAUCAAAGAUGGCGGACGUUCAACGCCACAUCUUUUGAAAUUAUGUAUUAUUUUUCAUUCCAUAUAUAUAUAAUUAUUAACGACUUGAUAAUUGCACAGUAUUAUCGACUGGAGCUGUCCAGCAUGCUGACUGAAAGCAAAAAGAAUUUUAGUAAAGAAUCAUUCUCAACCGAUAGAAAACGCGGCAACACCAGACGACGCGUUCAGCAUUUUCCAGGUUUGUGGCACAGUACUGUAUGUGUGUUAAGCUAAUUCCAGUUACAUUCAGCCAAACGUGUUAAUAGGUAUUAGUGUGAAAUGGCCUUUCGCAUGGAUUACGUCUCCUCGUCUUAACACUGGAUACAUUUGGACCAUUUUUUUUUUGUAGUCGAUGACGCUCGGGAUGAACAAUCAUCUUUUAUUUCCUGAAAGUAAUAAAAAUGUGACUCUGAUUAUCUUACCCCCAGGACACUUUCUAUAAUAUAUGUCUAAAAUGUUUAUUUACACAUAUGCAGAAUGUAUACAUAGUCAUUGACAAAAGUAUUUAUAUAUUUCUAACUGAAAUUGUACAUGGUGUUUGUUACUAUCAUUAGGUUUUUUUUUUCUCGGUUGUUUUUUUUGUUUUGUUUCUGUUUUUCCAGAUUUGCUGAUUGCUUACAUUAGCUGGAUAUAUUGAGGUAUAUUUUACACAAGGGCCAGUUUGGGGAAAAAAAAAAAAAACCAUUGGGGCUGUGCAUGUAAAAUAUCCAGCCCCCAGCGCACCGCUGUACUGCAGAACUGUGCAUGAAUGUUCCUGACAGACUCAGUUAGACCAGCAUCCGCCUCACCUGGCUGAAGAAAGGCCUACCUGCACCCCGGCGCAGGCCCCCAAACCAGACCGCCUUCCUCCAGUCCCCUCUCUCUUCUGCUCGGGCUACUGCCGCUGCUCACAAGCGCACGGAGGUUCUGCAUGUAGGUCUCGCCAUUCGCUGUAACGAAAGAGAGCGUAUGAAAAUAGCGAGAGAGAGAAAGCUUCCUGCAAGCACACAGGUCACAACGGGCGACCGAGAGGCAGAUCCAGGGCAGGAGAACGCAACGCUUUUUCUAAAAAAGGUUUUGGAUUUGUUUUUUGAAACCUCAGAACUUGUGAAGCAUUUUGUUUUUUUCUACCAGACACUAUGUACAUGAUGUAAUUCAAUGUGCAAUAGCUGGAUUUGUACACUUGGCCAGGAAUACUGUGCACAGAUUCUGGCUGUUUUUAAUCCCUUGGAGAAGUUGGGAAAAACAAUCGUACUGAUUUUCCUCUGUGUACUGGGGCUGGGUGGGUGUGCUGCUGUUAGUAGCCUCGUCUUGGCCUUGGAUGACAAGCCUUUUUAAUCUAGCCAAUAAAAACGUAUUCAUCCAAGGUUAAUCAGCCUUGUUUGUUUUGCCAAAGGGUAACCGCGUUUCAAAAUUUGAUCACAUUUCACUCAGCUAGUUAUGCAAGGCAUGUGUAAAACUAGUAAAAAAAAAACAAAAUGGUGAAAAAAGAGAGAGAUAAUCCACGCAAAUCCCAGACUGUAAACACACUUGUCAGAGGGAGCUAAUCAUUCCGACGGUAAGCCUGGAGGAAAAGCUUGAAGGGCAAUGACGAAAAAUGAAAUCAACAAAAAGAGAAAAAAGUACGUCUAUGGCAGACCAUCACGGUGGGAGGGGGGAGGGGCCUGUCAGGAGUUUAACGGUGCAGCACUCAGCAACACCAGCACAAUGGAUUCCACAUACUCAAUCAUAUUUUUACGAAUGACACUAAAUGAAGCUAUCACCUGCAGCUGGCUACAGUAUGUCGAGGGCACUACCUCAGCGCCUGAGAAGUCAUGUAUAACAAAAUCUGAUGUCAUUUCAUAUGAAUUUAAGGGUUGACCUGUGAUCUCACCUUUUCAGUUAACUUAUCUCAGCUUUUUUAGUUAAACCGUUAGCUAACUAAAAGCAAGCUCAACCCAUUGCUUGUAGGAGCACAUCUCUUUCCUGAAGUUCAAGGCCGGGAAAUAAGUAGGAUUUUGAAGGAAAAAAAACUUUAAAGAUUUAUAGUUUUGUUUAUAAGUAUUUGUGUAUCGAGUGUAUGAAGUUACUGCAGCUAUUCAAGGAGGAUCGUUCCUGUUAGAAAAUCCACACAUCUGGGUUUCCUAAAUUGCUGCAUGUAUUUAUAAAAACAGGUCUUACGACAUCUUUGUGCAGCUGAUCUUUUUGCAUGCCUUCUGACUUCAAGCUUUCCGUCUCAGACGACGUUUCUCUGCAUCGCAAAGCUUGGCAGGGGCGGCGGAAGCUCCAGGCACGAUGGCCGGUGAACCGGUGACUUUGGACACUUCAGGCACCGGCCUGAACCUGUCGUAUCUGCCAGGCAGACGCACGGGGCUCACACCGCUGACCUUACCGCUCAGUGCCUGAGAAAAACGAAAACCCCGCGGGUGACACUGUAGCUACCCUGUGCUCCUCUGUCCUCCGACCUUUAAACUAAGUCGGGGGAAUUUUAACAUGUGGCUCAGGACGGUGGCGCGCUUCUUUUUUGGCUGGACCGCAACAGCGGGGCCAGCCCUGAAAACGCGAAUGCCCGUGACUGAGUGACUGAGUGAUGAAGUUACACCAUGAUGGUCGUAUGGACACCACCGCUGACUAUCCCUGUAACAAACUGGCCACAGUUUCGCACACCCGUACACGGUCCAGCCACGUACUAGGUUUCGACCUGGUCUUGUUCAUUUCUAUACAGAGUCAAAAGGAAUAAAGGUAAUUUACUUUUCAUCGUGAAGUGAAGGAUAUGCAGAAAGACCUGCAGUCUUCCUUCUACCUCAGGGUGUCCCCAGUGUCCAUACCUUUCCACAGGAAACACAGCACUGCAGAACGACGGGGAGAGGAAGUCUGCUAGGGCCCCCUCUCUCCCGCUCUCUCGUUCUCUUCCUGUUUUAAGAUUAGGUGCUCCGGCAACUCACCUGCAGUUCUGAAGGGUGGCCUUGUUGUCUUCGUGUCAAUCGUACUGCUGAUUUUGAAUCUGAAAAUGUGUGUUGUGUAGCUCUGAUCAUUAAUGUAUGCAUACAGUACAUAAUAUUUAAUAUCAACCAGAAGAGAAUAUAUAGCAGUAUAUGCUGGUUGAUUUUGGCACAAUAAAGAUUAAAUGAUUAACAGAA